AUGUGUUCUCGUUCGGUGAGUGGCUCAAGUCUUUUAUCAGGUUAUAAUGAAGAUGAUGCUCGUGAAACAAAUGGACGUUCAAGGAGAGAAUUUGAAGAAAUAGAUUCUGUAUUAUAUAACGAAGAAAAAGCAAAACGUUCAUCUAUAAAAAAAAUUUGUGAAGAAUGGUCAAGUAGACCACAUUUUCGAAUUCGUGGUCGAUUACAACAUAUUGAAAAACAAUCACCCAUUAAUUUUAUUCAAUCAUCUAAACAAUAUGAUGUUACUUAUUUAGAUACAACAGUAUCAUCAACAUUAGAUCUGCUUGUUAGUAAUUCGAAAAUUUCUAGUUCGAAUUCAAAUGACUUAAAUCCUCUUAUAAAUGAGACUGGAUCCGGUCGUUCUUCCAUUAAUUCAAUUGAGGGAUCUGAAUUAACGAAUAAUUCUGAUUCCGACGAUAAUAAUGCUACAAAUACGAUGCUAGAUGAUCAUAGUAGUGAUGCUGGUGUUGAUUCAUUUGAUACUGAUGAUGACGACGAUGAUGAAAAUAAUGAUUAUUCAGCGGAUAUGUCACCACAAGAAUAUUCAAAACAUCAUCAUAAACAUCCAAAAAAUCCACAAUUAUCAAUAAAAUGUAUGAAAGAUAGUAUCAUAAAAUCUUUAGCAACAAAAUUACUUCAACGAUUCUUUUCUGAACAACAAAAUUCUUUACAACGUUAUGCUAAACAUAUAUGUGAAAGAAAUUCAAUUAAACUUCGAUCAAAAUUAAGACCAAAUUCUUUACCACCACAAUCUUUAUCACAAAGUCGACUUUCAUAUCCAUCAGCCACAAAUACUCAGUUACAAAUGGCAUCAACACCAUAUCGUUCAACACCUGAACCGGAUAUAAAAGGUUUAUUAAUGGUUACACGUUUACAUACAGCAAAUUCGGGUCUAACAACAAAUAAUUCUACAUCACCAAGAAAAUCUAAAAUAUUAUCAACAUUACCUCAAACAGAAAGAGUUCCAACAUCUUUAGCUACUGAUAAAAGACAUCAACAACAACAAAUAUCUUUAAUUGGUACUGCUGUUACGAAUUUUCCUUCAUCUCAAUUAACAACAACAGCAUCGACACCACAAUCAUCUCAAAAUCAAACUCGACAACCAUCAUCAACAUAUCGUUAUCGUUCAGCUACAACAACACAUACAGAACCAAAUACUCGUUUACCACCAAUUAAUAUUGAACGUUUAAUGAAUAAUGAUCAAACAACAAUUAAUCGUUCAAAUACAACAACUUCUGGUAUUGUUGAAUCAAUGCCACGAGCUGUUAGUGGUACAAGUAUAGGAUCAAAUCCUUCAACAUCAGUAAAAUUACGAAUACCUUCUAAUUUUGGAAAACUUCAACGAACGUCUCGACCAAUAACAAUAACUUCAUUUAAUAAUACUAAUAAAGAUUUUAAUAAUCUAUCAUCCACAAGUCCUACUCGUUCAAUAACAACAACAACAGCUCCAUCUUCAUCACUAAGAACAACUGCUAUGGCUCGUACACACCAACAACAUCAAAAAAGACCUUUAAUAGCAACGAAAGCUCGACCACCACCUUCCCCAAGUAUUCUUAAAUUAUCUGCCCAACAUAUUUGGUAA